AUGUCGUUUAACGCGGUCGCUACGCGCCGUUGGCAACUUUACACUUACUACUAUGCUCUACUCAUCGGGCUAACCGCGUUUCGCAUCGAUUUCGUUCAGCGCCGCAUUUACCGUUGGCCGCGCAUGCAAAUCUACGCCUGCACUUUAAACGCGCUGGUCGUCAUCACUUUGCCACUGUCGUACCCCAUCUCGUUCGAGUACUUGGAAUACCUCAACGACAAUCGCUUGAUGAAAAUUGUAAACGCCGUCAAUACAACGCAGCUAUUCUCGAUAACUGUGCUGGCCAUCGUUUUCCGCUGGAAGCGCGAGCACACCAUCACCGAGAUUCUAACGCGGAUGCUCGAGUUGGAGCGCGAGUACUUCCAAAAAUGUGUGCCAGCCGCCGUAAAGCGAUAUUGCGAGCAAAUAUACAGCAAGCGAUUGCUUUGGAUAAAAUAUUUCAGCGUCAUCACUCAAACGCUUUCCACUGCAUUUAACCUGUUUACUUUAGUGCCGGAACUUAAGUUCAUCUGGCUCCUCUAUGCCGUACAUAUGAUUUGUGUAAUCAGCGUGAUAUUGCACAUGAUUCUGCAUUACUUCCUCGCUAUGUGGUAUUUAUGGCAGCGCUUUUGCUGGCUGAAUGUCCAGCUGCUACGAAUUUUCAACACCCUUGAACAGUUGACCCAUGAGCGCUAUGGACUCACUCUGCGGCGUCGCAUGAGGCGCCGUUUGGCGCGGGAGUUAAUGGAUGUGGCGCGCGUGCACCGGCAGCUCACCGGAUUCGCUGAGCGUCUCACGGACUGCUACCGACUGCAGAUAGUCGCGGUUCUGUUAAGCAAAAUAAUCAACAAUAUCUCGAUCGGUUAUCUGUGCUUUAAAUACAGAAGCAACUCUUAUUUAAAAAGUCUCGGUGCGUUCACUCAAACCUUCAGCUGUUUGGCGCUUGUGAUGACGCUGUCAGACUCAUUUUUCUUGGACAUACUCUGCGAGCGUGUGGUUAUUGCAGCCCUCGAAACGGCGGAGGUGUUAAAGCGAUUUCAUGAGCUGCUUAUAGUGGACGAUAGACUGGAGUAUGCGUGUGACUUGCUUGCCCAACAUUUGCGCCAGUGCAAGCUAAGAAUUAGUAUAUUUGGCGUUAUCGAUGUGAAUAAGCGACUUUCCUUCCUAGUCUUCGGAGGUUUCUUGAAGAAUGUGUUACUUUUACUGCAAUGGGAUCUGGCAAAGCAGUUCGAAUAG